UACUACAUGGGUUUUAUUUCCACUGUUAGAUUAUAAUAAGCCUUUGGACAUGUGGUUGGUUGUGAUGGGUGAUAUUUAGUCCCAAGGGAGGACACUUCUCAUCAACAAGGGAGUCACAGCUGUGACGUCAUCAUACUUUGACGUAACCAUGUCUUCACAGCGUAAACAACGUGCAGAUGCGUAUCUUCAGAGAACUAAUAUUGAGCUUCUCAAUUGUGUGGACGAGAUGAGACUCAAACGAGACGACCUUCAGAAAGACAUAAAAAAUCUCAAGGACGAACAGUCCAAACUUCAAUAUGACCUCGGCAUGAUGACGACACAGUUGACAAAUAUAAACGAAAGUUUGUGUAAAAAGUUAGUAGAGCGCGAGAGAUUUGACAGUUUGAUAACCGACUACGAAACUGCUUUUAACCAGAUAGUGUCGGGGUCCGAAUCUCUCCUUGCCAAUAUGCGCAAAACUCUUGGUUCAAUCGCUCCGGAGUUCCUGACAGGCGUAGAGGAUCCCGACCAGGUUUCCACCAUUUCACGGAGGUCAAGGUCAUCCAGACAGUCACACAGUAGCGCAGGUUCGCAUGCGCACACACGUAUCGACAUGUCACGUGGAACAUCCUUACCACGAGUGGACACACGUGCAUCUGACUCAAGAUCGGACGUACAGAUGGACAACCGAGUGGAAACCCGGACUUCCCAGUCACGUGGGGAACAAUAACAGGGUCAGUUAUCAAUCUUAGUGAUUGAUGUGUAACAUUAAACGUGUGAAAGAGGGAAAAAAAUGAAAAAAUAGUUACGUGGUUUCUGAAAUCGAUAUGUUUUGAUAAGGUAAGGCUUUAAUAUUUGUUAGUAAGGUAGACUUGUCAUCUUGAACCUAAAGCCAAAAUGAGAGACAAUGACGUCAUCAAUAACGUCCAAUUAGGUCGUGAGUGCGCACUUCACACGUACACUCGUUAGCUCAAUACUCGUCACGUGAUAAAUAUACAUAUGGUGAAAUUGUGGUUUGAAUAUGCAUAUCGUAUUAAAGUUAUAGUUAUGUA